AUGUUUAAUUUCCAGCCUAUAUCUGAUGGAUAUUUGAUUGAUUUGGUUGAUAAUGAAUGGUUGACCGAUGAAUUGCCGAAUGAUCAAAUAAUUGUACCAUCUGAGAAGUUACCUGACCCCGAGGCAGAUAAUGGCGAUUCUCACCUAACUUUAAAAGAGCAAGAGCAGAAAUGGACUGACUUAGCGUUGUCCACACUUGUACCAGAGAUAUGCAUAUCUGAACAAUUGAAUAUAAACGGUGUUUAAUUGAUUGAUAUCUACAAAUGGAAAUAAAACGCUGCUGAGAACCAUCAAAA